UAUGUUUUUAUUGAGCUCGUGGUGUUGUUUCAGCGUAUGGUGCAGCAUGGGUAGUGGUGGAGGCGGCGACCAGCAUUUCUGCCUACGCUGGGACAAUUUUCACAGCAACAUCGCGACAUCUUUUGAACAACUGCGCGACCACGAAGAUUUUGUAGACGUCACUCUCGCUUGUGAGGGCAGGACAAUCAAAGCACAUAAAGUCGUCCUCUCCGCCUGCAGUCCUUACUUCCGUAGCCUUCUUAAGCAUAAAAGCAACAAAAAUGAGCUGGACAUGACUGGUAAUUUGGCGCGUGUGUUGCAUGAACUGGACAUUACUGGUAAUUUGGCGCGUGUGUUGCAUGAACUGGACAUGACUGGUCUUGCGAGCAGCACAAGCAAUGAGAACAACGCAAACUGCUUCGGGUCCAACGUCGCCGUGUCUCUGCUCGGCCCCCAGGGUGCUGGGGGGGCGAGUGCACCCCUCACUCACCUCAUCGCCACCGCCCCUCACCCACCACACUCGCCCCAUGACCAGGGAUCACACCCAGCAGCUCGGGGUGUGCCACGCUCACCUUCACCCACCCGCCCUCUCUCAUCUCCUUCACCCUUACCGCCACUACCGUACAUCCCGCCACCUUCCCACCACAUCUCUCCGCCGCCCAAGAAGAGACGCCACCAACAGCUUCUAGUACCGCCGGCCUCGCCAGGCUCUUCAUCAUCCGUGGAGCCGCCGCCUCCGCCUCUUCCUUUGUCUCUGUCUUCCUCAUCUUCCUCACAGCCCCCGGACUCCGGCCCGCCACUUGGCACCGCCAAACUUGAAUGUGGCGCCGGCGUGUCAUCUCUGCUGGCGGGGUCAACGCUGGCCGCGGCCCUGACCGCUCCACGCGAGUCUCCAAGCGUCAAGGAACAGCUACAGGCUUCCCCGUUACUGUUACCUGCGUCCCCGUUACUGUUGCCGCCGCUCAUAGAAGUCAAACAGGAGAUCGUUGACUCGCCUUUCGAAGACACAAACAGCAACAGCAGCAGCGCCGCGUCCGAGCAACAGGCCGUAAACCUCUCCGUCGAGUGCACCGGGGGUGCCAUGUCUGGGUCUACGGGGGGCGGCAUGCCAGGGUCUAUCGGCGGGUCUAUUUUGCGGCAACGCAUCCAGGGCUACCAAGGGUCUCCCGACGCUCCCCCGCCACCUUCUUUCUCGCAUCGGUGCGACGAUGACGGCGGCAGUGCUGACAUGGUGGAUAAAAAGGAUCUCACAUCGCCAUCAGCUGUCGCCAUCAUGAGACGGCAGCACAUGCUGGGUCUGGCUGCUGCCGCUGCUGCUGCAGGCGCGUACACGAGGUCUGGAGGCACCACCACGACCACCAGCUCUGGUAGCUCCUCGGAUCCCAGUUCUCGUGCUCCGCCAGAUGCCUCUGGCCCUCUCAGUCCUGGGGGCGCGACCGCAGGUCGACACAGAUGGCGCUGUAUGCAGCCUAGACUUUGUCCAUUUUGCUGGAAAACCUUCAGCAACUCCUUCAAUCUCAAGCAACAUGUGGUAAACGUGCACACUGUUGGUCAGGGGCUACAGUGCCACCUUUGCCACAAAACCGUCAAGAACAAAUGGUACUUGAGGAAGCACCACGUGACUGCGCAUGGAGCUCCUCUCAAGCGCGGCAAGCACGUCUCGGGAUGUUCUUCCUUUGAAGGGCAUCUGCCCCACGGAGCUCCUGAUGGCCAGCGUCACCGGCACGAAGAUUACGAAAGGCUCCAUCGUCAGGACAGUUAUCCACCGCACGACUCAGAGCGUCAGGUGCUGGAGGCCGGAGAGAGAAUAUCUCACAUGGAGGACUCAAUGGACUACAGCGACCGUCCCGUGUCGAACUCAUCCGAUUAUAACGAUGAUUUCGCAGCCGAAUAUUGCGGAGACGACCAACAACGAUGCCAGCCUGCUGCCUGCGACUCGUAUGAUCCCGGCAACAGCGGCGGAUGUUCUGCCAAAGAAAAACGUCGUUACGCUGAUGAUUCACAGCGAUGCUCCUCGGCUCAUGAUACCAACGCCUCACGUUUCGUAUACGAUGAUGACGGACGUAAUUUGAAUAAUUCAAUUGGAAACCACCAGAGUUUCCAAAGCGGUGAUGGACAUCAAGUCUCGUACAGCAGCAGCGAAGGAAGUUGCGUCUAUACCGUCGAUGGUGCAAGCAAAAGAUCUUUCACCAACGAUGCUCAUUUCUUAGAGCGCGGAGGUCCCUCAGACUCUUUCAGUCCGCAGACGACGUCUCCGACUUCCGCGUCGCCUGCGCCUGUCACAUCCAACGCCACCUUCAGUAGCCUGGAUACAGACACGUCUUCGCCGCAAGUUCGGCACCAACUCGUCUGAAAAUCUAAUUAAAUUCACGCUACUCAAUUUUUUCUGUCGGAAGCUCAUCCAUGUGAACGAGUCGAUAUGAAGUGGCUUCAAAGUCUUCUUUCUGGUCGGACUGUUUUAGGAUUUAAGUCCAAAGGAAUUGUGGAUU